GCCAUGCUUUCAGGUAUAGAUAUUCUACAUUUCAGGGAAAAGACUUCAUUGUUUAGUAUCUCUCAAAAAAGCCUCGAUAAAGAUGUCACAAGAUAAUGUUCCGUCGAUAUUAUUCUUCGAUGUGUUGGGAACCAUCGUGGAAUGGAGGUGCUGCAUCGCGAGAGAAUUGAAUGCUGCAGCACAAAGAGCUUUGCAAGAUGAAGCUCGCAAUACAAGCGCCGAUGUGCGAGCACGAGUCUCCAAUAUGUCCACUUCGAGCUGGGAGGAAAUCUCUGCGGGGUGGCACCGCGCAUAUAUGAACUUUGGGAACAAUUACGAUUCAUCUAAGCCCUUUGUCUCAGUAGAUGAGCACAACCGAAUUUCCUUGGACAGCAUUCUCACCAAACGGCAACUCCGGGACUUAUUCAACGAGGACGAUCUCGAUUAUUUGACACUUUCUUGGCAUCGACUUGACUCAUAUCCUGACAGUGUGCCAGGCCUUGAGUUACUGGGCACUAAAUUUCCGACGUCUACUUUAUCCAAUGGCAAUAUAAAACUUCUCAAAGACCUGGAGAAGCACAAUUCUCUGCCUUUCAAGCAUAUCACCAGUGCAGAGCAUUUCGGCGCCUAUAAGCCGUCGCCAGAGGCCUAUAAUGGUGCUGCUCGAAGAUUCGGUUUCGAAAAUUCGCAAUGUUGUCUUGUCGCGGCCCAUCUUGAGGACUUGCAAGCUGCCAAAAAAUGUGGGUUUCAAACAAUAUAUCUCGAGAGACACUUGGAGGAAGCUUGGGAUAGUAAAGACGCUGCAAAAGCCAGAGAGGAGGGAUUCGUUGAUCUUUGGGUCGAAAUUGGAGGUUCAGGUCUGAUUGAAGUUGCUCGACACUUUGGAAUAGAUGGUGGACUUUGA